GCGAUUUCUACCCUUCCCUCACAAGGAUGCUUUUCCACGGCCUCUCUGGAGGCGAGGUGCGGAUAUUCAUUGACGCAAUUGACCGGAGAGAAAAGAACGAAUCAACCACGAUCAGCACUAUAAACAUGGGGAAAACAGACGCGGACGCGAUCAUGUGCAGCGGUGACGGCGCCUUUCCGUGCGCCGGCUGUGGGGGACAGAUCACAGACCGUUACUACCUGCUCGCGGUGGACAAACAGUGGCACAUGCGCUGUCUGAAGUGCUGUGAGUGCAAGCUCAACCUGGCGUCCGAGCUCAGCUGUUUCAGUAAAAACGGCAGCAUUUUUUGCAAGGAAGACUAUUAUAGGCGUUUCUCUGUACAGCGGUGCGGCAGGUGCCAAUUCGGCAUUUCGGCGUCGGAGAUGGUGAUGCGUGCGAAGGAUUUGGUGUACCACUUGAACUGCUUCACCUGCACGACCUGCAACAAAAUACUGACCACCGGAGAUCAUUUCGGGAUGAAAGACGGUCUGGUCUACUGCCGACUUCAUUUUCAGACACUCGUAGAGGAGAGAAACUACUCGUGUUUCAUUCACGAGGAUGAAGUGAAAUGCAACGGAGAGGCAUUCGGUUCGCUAGGACUGGGCUACUGCAGCAGCAUGAGUAGCGCACAAAGGGGGAGGAAAAGAAGAAACACUGGACGAGGAACGGACCCGGCAUCUUACAAAGCAGCAGUCACCUGUAGUGAGAUGGACAGAGACUCCUCCCACAAGUCCAAGCGCAUGAGGACCUCCUUUAAGCAUCACCAGCUGCGGACCAUGAAGUCCUACUUCGCCAUCAACCACAACCCCGACGCCAAGGACCUGAAGCAGCUGUCCCAGAAAACAGGCCUGACCAAGCGAGUGCUGCAGGUUUGGUUUCAGAACGCCCGGGCCAAAUUUCGGCGGGGCCUCCUGCGUAGCGCGGGGACCGAAAAGGCGUCGGAUGGCUCCACGCUGCCGGGGGGGUCCCCCUCUGGCCCAUGCUCUGAGGCCUCCAACGUCUCGCUGAGCCCCUGCAGCACCCCCCUGGCUACCCUCAUGGACCUGUCCGACCCCUCUCUGUCCAGGGUCACCUCCACCCCGGGGGGGCCGGACCUGGAGGAUUCCAGGAGCCCCCUGCUGCCCAGCCUGACCCCCUGUACCCCCUCUUCCUUUGGAUUUUAA